UCACUCACUAGCCAGAAGCUCUGUAUAUUGGUAAAAGGGAUAACAUAACAGGAAACUAUAGAGGAAAAUGAAACAAUUAAAUUAUUGUAAUUUGUAAUUAAUUGUCGUUUUAUAGGAUGUUAGUUUGUUUUAAAGUGUGUUGUAAAUAAAAUAAAAAAUAACAUAUGUGUGUUUAAUCAAUUAUUGGUAUUUUAUUUGUUAAAAGGUGUUACUAUUGAUAAUACAAUGAUAAGAAACAGAAAUCGUUGCCCUAAUCCUGCACUAGAAACUAAACGUGAUGGAUACCUAGAGGCAGGAAAAGAGAAGCAAAAUGAAUUGUUGACUAUAUAUAAGCAGUCCGUGUCAAAAACAAAUCAUCUCCAUGCAAAUUUGCUGUUCACAACUCUACAUGGAAGAUCCAUUUUAUCAGCAAUCUGUAAGCAUGUGACUUUUGUAGAACCAAGUGUCAUGAAUAAUAGUUGGCGGGAUUUAGCAGCGAGACUUGGUUAUUCUGAUAUUGAAGUUAAGUGCUUUAACAAUCUACGAGGCAGUGUCUACGAUCCAACAGAAGUGCUCCUUCAGUACUAUGCUGCCACUAAGACAGAAGGAACAGUGGGGGAUAUAUUGGAGAGUCUCUUGGUAUUGGGAUUUUUGCCAGCUCUACAUCAGGUGCAGAAACAUAUUGAUUUGUUUCUGACAGAAGUUGAAACUGGGGAAGCAGACUUACUUGAAAAGCCCAUCAGAACAGAAGUUUCAGAUCUUGAAAGCAAGAACAUAGUAAAAGCUGCAAAUUUCAAACUGUGCAUACCAGCUAUUUUUGAUUCACCUCAGUCCAAGGAUGUGAUUGUUAAAACUGUAAGCUGCAACAACAAAGUCCAACAGGAAUUGCUUCACAGAGCGAGACCACAAACUACACAACACAAGCAAUACUGCAAGUAUGUGAUGCUGUCUUUUGCGAGUGACGGCUACACAACUGCUGUGAGAGUGGCUGCAAUUUUAAGAGCUACCACCAACAGAAAAGGCUUCCCUAUUGGCGUUAUGAUGUUGUGUGAAAACGACAAUAUCAUCAUGAGAAACCCUGGACAAAUGAUAACUGAGAUUUUAUCAAAGAUGGAUUUCGUGAUACCUGUCCUGACGGAUGGUUAUUUUGCUGCACUCAAGUGUCCAGACAGUCGUGCCAGAUUAGUUGAUGAACGCUACAUUCAGUUUCAUUCACGAUGUUGUCAUGUCCAAGUAUAUCCUCAGUCAAUGUGUCAGCAAUGUGCGUCCUGUCAUUCCUACUAAUUUGGUCAAUUCCAUCCUCAGCAAGCCCGAAUUCGUUCACAACUCCAUCUUCCAUGCCUGGCGGAGUGAGGACGAAUCGCAGGCCCUGGCCAAUGGUAUCAUCAAUUCUCGUAGGAGCAGAAUCCUUCCUCAGUGACAGUGG